AUGUCUGACGAGGAACACCAUUUUGAUUCCGCCGAUGCUGGCGCAUCGAAGACGUUCCCGCAACAGGCUGGAGCCAUUCGCAAGGGCGGCCACCUUGUAAUCAAGGGACGACCUUGCAAGGUUGUGGAGGUUUCUACCUCUAAGACUGGGAAGCACGGUCACGCGAAGUGCCACUUCGUCGCGAUUGAUAUAUUCACCAAUAAGAAGCUGGAAGAUAUCGUUCCGUCUUCUCACAACUGCGACGUUCCAGAAGUGGUUCGCACGGACUACCAACUCAUCGAUAUUUCGGAAGAUGGCUUUGUUUCUCUUUUGACGGAGACGGGUGACACGAAGGACGAUCUUCGCCUCCCGACCGAUGACGCUAUCCUCUCACAGAUCAAGGAUGGUUUUGGUGAAGGCAAGGACCUUGUGCUUACUGUAAUGAGCUCUAUGGGGCGUGUGAAUCUCAUCGGCGAGCACAUUGACUACGAGGGGUACGCGGUGCUGCCCAUGGCCAUUCACCUGGAUACCCUUGUCGCCAUCAGCUGUGCACGGACGCCAAGCAUGGAGACAUCUGCGUGUAAGGAUGACUCGCCUUUCCCGCCUCGCCUGCGCGUGGCGAACAUGGACCCCGCCAAGUACCCUGCCACGGAGUUCAGCAUCCACGCCAAGCAGGAAGUUGACACAAGCAACCACAGCUGGGGCAGCUAUUUUCUUUGUGGAUACAAGGGCGUCUGGGAUCACGUGCACGAGACAGGGGGUAGAGAGGAACCAACUCUUGGACUUGAUGUGCUUGUGGAUGGCUGCGUGCCUCUUGGGUCUGGCCUGUCCAGCUCAGCUGCCCUCGUGUGCUCCUCUGCCAUCGCUGUCAUGGCCGCCCUUGGAUUUUCGUUCCCCAAGGCGGAGAUAGCUGACCUGGCAUGCCGCUGCGAGCGAUACAUCGGCACUCAGUCUGGCGGCAUGGACCAGGCCAUUUCCAUCUUUGGAGAGCGCGGCGUGGCACAGCUGAUAGAGUUCAACCCCGUGAGGGCGCACGCGGUGCCUCUGCCGUCCACCGCCGUCUUCGUGAUCGCCAACUCCCUGGCAGUCUCCAAGAAGGCCGAGACUGCCGCCACCAACUACAAUCGCCGGGUUGUGGAGUGCCGCCUCGCCGCCAUGGUACUGGCAGUGCGGCUGGGCAUGGAGCCUGCCACAGCACGCGCCUCCAUCAGCACACUGGCAGACGUGGACGCCCUCUGUGCUGCCAGCAGCGCGUCACCACAGCCACCAGACGAGCACGCUGCGCUGGAUGCUGUGCGGCGCUGCCUGCAUGCUGACCCGUACAGCGCGUGCGAGAUCGAGGCUCUUCUUCAAGCGUCACUUGCCUCUGUCUUUGCCGACUCACCAACCUCCCUCGCUGUCAUCGCUGCCGCCACCGAAUUCAAGUUACAGCAGAGGGCUCUUCAUGUGUAUGCAGAAGCUCAUCGCGUCUUUGCAUUCAGGGAUGCUGCUCUCUCUGCACCUUCUGACUCCACUGCACCUGGCAUUUCAGCAGGCCCCUCUGUGCUGCUUUCUCUUGGCCGCCUUAUGGACGACAGCCACGCCAGCUGUCGCGACCUCUAUGAAUGCAGUUCCCCCGAGCUCGAGCAGCUGGUGGCGUGCUGCAAGGCGCACGGCGCCCUGGGAGCCCGCCUCACAGGCGCUGGCUGGGGCGGCUGUGUGGUGGCGCUGGUGCACGCUCAUGAGACAGACUCCUUCCUCGCGCACCUCAAGGAAGACUAUUACGCACCCAAGAUUGCUGCCGGCACCAUCACUGCAGCCGACCUGCCCAACUGUGUUUUUGCUUCCCACCCUGCAGCAGGGGCAGCCCUGCUCAGGCUGUGA